AUGGGGCUUAUAGCUAAUAGCACCGAGCCCAGAAUCACGCUGCGCUUCACUAAAACACGCUUCUCUGACUGGAACAACGACUCUCGAAACACCAUUGGGCUUGAGGAGCAAUACUUUGACAGAGACACGUCUGCCUCCUGGAGAGUGUUCUUCUCUGGGCUGGAUGUUGUGAAAGGGGUUUUCUUCACCAUGGAGAGGAUUCUCCGAUCAUCCAGCACUGUUGUCCUCUGUGGACGUCCAGGAAAGACCGUGAUCGACGAGUGCACGCAGAUCAUCUCGCAGAGACGCGCCGCCGCCGGGGCCACCCUGCCCAAGCAGGAGGAGAAGAGCUGCGAGAGCGCCGCACCACUGCAGGGCUUCACCUACGACUGCGGCUCUGACAUGACGGCCGCGCUGGGGGGCGCGGCGCCGGGGGACGGGGGCGGAGGGGCCGGGGGAGGGGCCAUGUGUCGAGGAGAUGGGAUGGGUGUGGCAGGGGGCGUGGUCAUGUGCAGAGGGGAGGGGCUGGGUGUGUCUGGGGGCGGGGCUAUGCUGAAGCCCACCAGCUGCUCGCAGGAGAUGGGCUACAUGCUGAACGCGGAGCGCGGCGCGAGCACGGCGAACGAGAACAUCGCGGCGAACGAGCGCGACGGAGGGGCAGAGUACGGCGGUGUGGGGGAGGAGCUGGUGGGCGGGGUGGAGCACUUCAGUGAAGACGAGGAGAGAGACGCGGACCGAGAUGCCGAGAGAGACCGGCAGACGCCGCAUACGCGCAAACAGAGACAGCCGCUGAGACUGCAGGUGCUGGGUGGAGAGCAUGUGGUGGUGAAGAACGAGGGUGUGCAGGAUGGAGACGGUCUGUUUGAGAUGGACGAGAGAGGAAACACAGCGCAUCAGCCCGCCUACGCACAGGGCAGCUUCUACGAGGACUCGGCCGUGUUCUCGGGCGGUUUCUGGCCUCAGGCGGAUCCGCAGGCGUCUCUGGGCUCAAAUCCUCGCGGUAGGGUCACCAAACCCCCGUCUCCGCCGCCGGCCUCCCAGAACCUCAGCAGCCAGAUGCUGUUCCAGUUUUCUACCAGCGAAUCACAGCAGCCGUCCUUCUUCGUGGGCGGACCCAUGGUGAUUGACAGCCUGGCUGAGUCAUGCCAGCAGGCCCCGCCCCCCGCCUCCCUGACCCCGGCUCCGCCCCCCUCCACCCCAGCAUGCCUGGCGGGGCCCAGCUUCGCUCCGCAGGGCUCGGAGACGUCCUUCGACUGCAGCCACUGCGGGAAAUCACUGCGCUCCCGCAAGAACUACAGCAAGCACAUGUUCAUCCACUCCGGUACGGGCUUCAGUUACAAUAACAAUAACAACUCAGUUAAUAUCAAAGUACUUUCUGAGUCACUUAGGUCAAGUGAUUUGUUAUGACUCAGAUUUAAUUAGCUGCUCUCUGGACAGCCAGCAAGGCUAAACCAGUGUCCUGUACUACACAUCAGAAGCGCUGCAGGUC